AUGUCUGUCAUUGUCUACCGUUACGAUCUUUCUCCCUACUCGAGGAAACUGCACCAUACAAUCUUGCUGAAAAACAUUCCUCAAACAUGGGUCAACGUUCCUAUGAUACCUCCUCGUCCAGAUGUUGAACUGCUUGGAGUGGGUCACAGACGCAUCCCGAUUCUCGCCAUAGGUGGUGAUCUAUACUUCGACACCAGUCUAGCGGCCAGCGCGUUGGAAAGACGGUUCCCUCCUGGCCAAUACGGGUCGAUCUUCCCCCCAAGAAAACAUAACGGAGGCUCGGAUGCUGCUCUGAUCAAGCUCUUCGCCAAGAGCUGGGUAGACGAUACCCUUUCCCCCUCCAUCGUCUCUUUGUUGCGCUGGCAUCUACUCCCCAGUCAGCUUGUGCAUGACCGAGAGUCUCUUUUCGGUCGCCCAAUUGACAUCGAGAAACAGCGCGCUGCUCGACCAGCCAACCUCUCCGUUCUUUCCUCACACAUCACCUUCCUCGAAGAACAGCUUGCCGACGGCCGUGAAUGGCUGUUUGACACGGAAAGUCCUUCAUUCGCCGACUCAGCAGCGCAUGCUUCUUGUCUCUUCGCCCGGACACUUCUUGAAUCUGAGUCUAUAUUCACUGCGGAGACAUUUCCCCAAACCACAGCCUGGCUCGCUCGCCUGUCGGACCACUUGGCCAUUCUCGAGAAAGCUCAACCGGUAACAUACACAAGCGGUGAAGAGGCUGCCGCCCAAAUAGCUUCGGCACCUCGCGAGCCUGAAACUGUGGUUGGAUUUAACAAGGUCGAGGCAGGCCGUCUUGGUUUCAAACUGCGGGACACAAUCUCUGUUGUUUGUGAUGAUGGCCCGGGCAAUAUCCCCACCAUCGGAGUGCUCGUUGCUCUCAACCGUGAGGAAAUUGUCCUCGAGACUCAGAGUGCUCUAGCUACAUUCCGAUGCCACUUUCCUCGCAUCGCAUACACUGCUACGCUGGUAUAG